ACCGAGAAAAAGGUGGGAAGCAUAAGUAGAGACUCACUGAGCGAGCGAGGGCUUGUGUUCUUGCAUCGCAUACUUGCGCUGCUUCUCCACUCUUCUCCUUCUUCUUCUUCUCCAAUCGCGAAACCGAGAUCGGGAUCGUGAUCGUGAUCGUGAUCGUGACCGAGUCAUGGCGCUGGCUUUCGACGAGUACGGAAGGCCGUUCCUCAUCCUGAAGGAGCAGGAGCAGAAGAGCAGAUUGAGAGGUCUCGAUGCUCAGAAGGCCAACAUCUCCGCCGGUAAAGCCGUCGCUCGCAUCCUCCGAACCUCUCUCGGCCCCAAAGGCAUGGACAAGAUGCUUCAAAGCCCCGACGGCGACGUCACCAUCACAAAUGAUGGAGCGACAAUCUUGGAGCAGAUGGAUGUUGACAACCAGAUUGCGAAGCUGAUGGUGGAGCUGUCGAGGAGUCAGGAUUAUGAGAUUGGUGAUGGGACCACUGGUGUUGUUGUGUUGGCUGGAGCUCUUCUUGAGCAAGCGGAACGGCUCUUGGAAAGGGGAAUUCACCCGAUUAGGAUUGCUGAGGGCUAUGAAAUGGCAUCCAGGAUCUCUGUUGAGCAUCUGGAGCGGAUCGCAAACAAGUUUGAAUUCGGAGAAUCAAAUUUGGAGCCUCUCAUUCAAACUUGUAUGACUACCUUGUCCUCUAAAAUUGUGAAUCGAUGUAAGCGUAGCUUGGCUGAGAUUGCUGUCAAUGCUGUUGUUGCUGUUGCUGAUUUGGAGAGAAAGGAUGUUAACUUGGAUCUAAUUAAAGUAGAAGGAAAGGUUGGUGGGAAGUUGGAAGAUACCGAGUUGAUAUAUGGAAUCGUUGUUGACAAAGACAUGAGCCAUCCACAAAUGCCAAAGCAAAUUGAAGAUGCUAAAAUUGCUAUCCUGACUUGCCCCUUUGAGCCUCCUAAGCCAAAGACUAAACAUAAGGUUGAUAUCGAUACAGUGGAGAAGUUCCAGACGUUAAGGAAACAAGAAGUGAAAUAUUUUGAUGACAUGGUUCAACAAUGCAAGGAUGCGGGCGCAACCCUUGUUAUCUGUCAAUGGGGUUUUGAUGAUGAAGCAAAUCAUCUGUUAAUGCAUAGGAACUUGCCAGCGGUUAGAUGGGUUGGUGGUGUAGAGUUGGAAUUGAUAGCUAUAGCGACAGGUGGAAGAAUUGUUCCUAGGUUCCAGGAGCUAACUCCAGAAAAGUUGGGAAAGGCUGGUCUGGUUCGAGAAAAAGCCUUUGGCACAACGAAAGACCGAAUGCUUUACAUUGAGCAUUGUGCAAACUCAAGGGCUGUAACUAUAUUCAUUCGUGGAGGUAACAAAAUGAUUAUAGAGGAGACAAAGCGCAGCCUUCAUGAUGCCUUGUGUGUGGCUAGGAAUCUUAUCCGUAACAAUUCUAUUGUAUAUGGUGGUGGUUCAGCUGAGAUUUCCUGCUCUGUAGCAGUUGAGGCUGCUGCUGACAGAUUCCCUGGAGUUGAACAGUAUGCUAUCAGAGCUUUUGCGGAUGCUUUGGAGUAUGUCCCGAUGGCCCUUGCUGAAAAUAGUGGUCUCCAACCAAUUGAAACGUUAUCUGCCGUUAAGUCUCAGCAAAUAAAGGAUAAUAAUCCCCAUUAUGGCAUUGAUUGCAAUGACGUGGGCACUAAUGACAUGCGUGAGCAGAAUGUCUUUGAAACUUUGAUUGGAAAGCAGCAACAGAUCUUACUCGCUACCCAAGUUGUCAAGAUGAUAUUGAAAAUUGACGAUGUUAUUUCCCCAUUUGAUUACUGAUAUAAUUUUGAAGUUUGAGUACGUCAAGAGGCUGAAUGAUUGUAUUUUGUUCGUUUGUUAUGUUUUAGUUAGAGUCCAGGAUUUUACUUGAAGACAAUUUAUGUAUGAUUUUGGCAUGGAUUUAUAUUUGGAGUUAGCUGACUGUUUUUAUUCA